GGCACUAAUCUCGGGCCUGUGACCCGUGCGCCCUGGGAUUAAACCCCGCUGGGGUUACGGGGGUGGGUGUCGUGUGUCUGCUGAUAGGCGCGGCAGAGGAGUCAGUUCUCCAAAUAGAGUAAAGGUCUCAAAAAAAGCAAAUAAAACGAUAGCAGCGUCGGCAGGCCAGCGCUGGUAGAUGCCGCAGAAAUCACAGCCCGUUUCCGUGGAGAGUCUCCUUACGCUGAGGGGCCCCGAAAGAGAGACUUUGGGUUGCAGUCCUCUAGCACAGAGUAAAACUGGCUGACACCAUCACUCGGACUCUGUGUGCUUGACAAGGAACUGUUAGGAUGGGAAAUAGUGCACUAAAAGCCCACCUGGAGACAGCACAGAAAACUGGUGUGUUUCAGCUAACAGGAAAGGGACUUACUGAGUUUCCUGAAGAUCUGCAGAAGCUAACAAGCAACUUAAGGACAAUAGACUUGUCGAACAACAAAAUAGAGCUCUUGCCACCUCUCAUUGGAAAAUUUUCCUUUUUGAAGAGCCUUGCCCUAAACAACAACAAACUGACUGCUUUACCUGAGGAACUGUGUAAACUGAAAAAACUGGAAACACUACACUUGAAUGGGAAUCACUUGAGGCAGCUACCGGCUGCAUUUGGACAGCUUGCAGCUCUCAAAACCCUGAGCCUUUCUGGAAACCAGCUUCGGACUGUGCCCACACAACUCUCUGGUCUUCGCCAUUUGGAUGUGGUAGAUCUUUCAAAAAACCAGAUCCAAAAUGUCCCCGACACUGUGGGAGAACUGCAGGCUAUCGAACUCAAUUUGAAUCAGAAUCAGAUUUCUCAGAUCUCAGCGCAGAUCUCCCACUGUCCACGCCUCAAAGUCUUGCGUUUGGAAGAAAACUGUCUAGAACUCAGCAUGCUGCCUCCAAGUAUCCUCAGUGAUUCCCAGAUCUCACUGCUUGCAGUAGAAGGCAACCUCUUUGAAAUCAAGAAACUCAGAGAACUGGAAGGUUAUGAUAAGUACAUGGAACGAUUUACAGCUACAAAGAAGAAGUUUGCAUGAUCGCUAUUCUGACCCUGUAUUUUACCAGUAAGAAGACUUGACUAGAAGCAUCUGCUUCACUGACUUGAGCCAGGACUGAUGAAGGAAAUGAUCAGAGCACUCCUCUUCUAGUAGUCUGAAAGAGCCUAUUAAGACCACAUUGAAUAAACUUGAACUAGAGAAUAUAGGUAUUGAACUGAUGAACCUGCCCAGGGGCCAGUUUUGAUUUUUGUGCCACAAUAGCUUUUAACACAGUAGAUGUUCUCCUUUGUCAGGGCUUGUUCUUUCACAGAGAAAGGGAACAAGCAUUUCAAAGUUGCCAGUUCCCUUUUGUCAGGAAGCUGGCUGUUGAUUUGUAAGAGGAUUGUUUCUUCUGGAAACAUUUUUCCAUGAUAGCACAUGGAAGUUCUACCACCAAAGCACUGUAUGUCUUGCAGUAAGCACUUGUUCUGCAGAGAAGAACUUUUUCAAAUGGGGUUUUAGUUUAUAACCUGUGUUUUUUCUUUUUUUUUAAUGAAGCACAAAUAGUUGUGGUUAAGUUAAACGUUUUAUUAACAGCUUCCAGUAAACAAAUUGUGGUUUGAGCAUUGUUCAUUUGUAUUUUACUUUACAGGCUUUCUUUUCCCAUAAGCAAGAUUUGCACUACAGUCCACUUUUCCUUGAGCUGUAUCUAAUAAAAAUUAGGUUCAUCUUCAAUGUAUUCAGUAAAAAUGUAUAUUGCUAGAAAAUAUAAUAUCCUUGCACUGACUCCUUGUGUACAGAGCAAUGCUGAAGGUUUGAGUUGUCAGCCCACUGCUGCUGCCUUAUUACCAAAUGCACCUAGCAAGAGCUAAAACUGUAUGCAAUUAUGUAACUUAUACUGAAAAGGAAAAUGUACUUGUAUAUUUUAGUAAAUUAUUUUCAAAAUAUCAGUUCAA